AAACAUGAUGCUAUUACUUCUAAUUCUAUCAAUGACACAAUGUGUACAAACACAUGAAAAAAUCAAACGCAGUACUGAUGGUGACAUAUUUUCACCAAAGAUAUUUAACACAUGUAUGCAGAAAAGUUUUAACGUAACCUUAGAUAAAACACUUAUGUGUCAAUGUACGAAGAAGUAUCCUACAUUGUAUCUAACAAAAAAGAAGAAGCGAUUAUGCAUGGAUAAAGUGAAUAUAGAAGCUGAUGACGCGAAUUGUAAGUUCAAACAGCUUAGAAGGGAUGAAAGCAAAAUACAGGUGCAAAGUUGCAAAAAACUUGGACCAAUCGAACAUAUUCACAUAAUGAACACCAAAAAAUGGGAUUCAUACACAAAGAAAAAAUGGAAUGUGUUUUUCAGUGACCACACCAUUAUUUUUAAUAACAGACCCCGGUUUAGUGGUAUGCUUAUAAAAUUGAAGAUGAAAUGCCAAGAAGAUAAUAGAAGCAUAUGUGUAUUAGUAAAGUUUACAGGAGAACUGAUAUACCAAAACAACCUCAUUGACAAAAUUUUAAUAAGAGAAAAAGAAGAGAAGAAUGUAGGGGUAAAGAAAGAAGAUGAAACAAAAGAAAACAAAGAUAUAGAGGAAAAAGAAGAAAACACACCAACGAAGGACAAUCAACUCAUGGUGGUAGCAAUAGUGGGAGCUGUUGCUUUUGUGUUUAUUUUACUGGUUGCCAUUUUCGUUCUUAAAAAGAGGAGAAGAAGGUCAUCUUCAAAACAGUUUAUAGACGAGAAUCGAGAAUCACUGUGCAUGAAACAAGAUCUAAAUAAAAGUUGUGUCAUGCAACCUACAUUAAGGAGUCAGUUACUUUCAAACAACGAAAAUGAAAACAAUGAAGAAUAUCAAGUCCCAAAUGUCAAUAAUAACCAGUCCUCUUCCAUUAUCAAGAAGCAUGUAGAUUAUUAUAAUACAGCAACACCAAAUUUUACUAGUCCUGCAAUGGCAGAAAUAGAGUAUGCUAGAGUUUUAUCACACAAUAACAGUCCAUCAACAAAUGAAAAUCAAGAUUUAAUUAGUGAAAAUAACAAAAAUAAUAAUCAGAAAGAAUAUGAUACAAAUUAUUACAGCACAGCUGCAUGUGCAAUACCAACCGUAACAGAUAAAUAUGCACAAGUGCAUAAACAUACUGAUACUGUAAGGAAAGUGUAUAAACAGCCCGGCGAGGACGAAGCAAAAGGUCCAGAUUAUUACAGCACAGCCGCAUGUGCAAUACCAAUCAUAACGGAUGAAUAUGCGCAAGUGCAUAAACAUAAUACUGAGCCAUAAAUCAGUAAGAGCAAG